AUGUUCAGACCUCCCACCACAAUCAUUCCCUUGCUGGAUAAGAAGGACAUUAGUGAUGAUGAGGAAGAGGUCGAAGUACAUCGACUAGCAGUAGCCACUACUAAAAGCGACAGGAAUGAAGCUCAAGAACAUCAAGUCAUCCCUCUGAAUCGCGAUACGUUCAUUAUCGAAGCAUUGUCGACAAGAGUGGAGGGUAAUCAUCCUGAAUGGAAACCCCCAUUGCCACCAUCAUAUUGUCUAAGAAUGAAUCGUCCAGAGAUCAUUCGUAGAAUUGAAAGCCGUCAAGCUGCUAUCAUUGCUGCAUCAGUACUUAGACAUCAAGUUGCCGAGGAAAAAAUGGUGGCCGCACGGGCCGUGAUUCAAGGAAAAUGCUCGUUUAAAUGUGCAAGAAAUAGUCUUUUGAUGGAUCCAACGCUAGUCAAAGCCUUCCCUGAUUCGGAUAUGGCUCAGCUAACAAAACGGAGGCUUCGAGGAACGAACGUGUACAAAUGUGAAAUUUCUGAAGAACAACGUAGAAUGGACAUCGCUGCUGCUAAAAUUAUAGCUCCAUCGGCAAUCAUCACAUUACUUGUUUUUUCCUGUGAGAUUUACACUGAUAUUAAUGCACUGGUCACUUUAUUGAGUUCUGAAAUAGAAAUAUUUAAGGUUGAAACCGAUCAAUCAUGGAAAGAACUGCUGGAUGUGCAGAUUGCGGUAACGCCACCUCGCCGCAAAAGAAGUUCGCAGGAUGUAUUUGCUGAUUUAGGGAUUCUGCACAGAUUGAAGGCUCGUCAGAGUCAAUCAGUGCUACAGUCUCAGCUCCCUCCUUUCUGCCAGUGUGAGACACAGCGCCCACGCUGUCCUCCUGGCCCAAGAGGACCUCCGGGUGCGCCAGGAGCGCCGGGUCUUCCUGGUGAACGUGGUCCGAGGGGAAAUGACAACUUCAAAUCAUACCCGGCUGUGAACUGUGCUGUUCGAGAUACAGGUUGUGUACGAUGUCCAGCAGGCUCUCCUGGGUUUCCUGGACAACCUGGCAAAGAAGGGCCGAAAGGUCCACCAGGUCUACCAGGAAGUCCGGGUUUUACAACAAAAAGGGGACCGCCGGGCAUGCCCGGCCCAAAUGGCGAUCAAGGCCCUCCGGGUACGGUGCAUUGAUG